AUGAAAGAGGGACAAAAGAGGCCAAAAACACCCAGAUUAAGUUGUGUGAUGUUGAACAAAGGGAAGCAUAUUGCUGAAGCCAUCUCUACUCUUGAUGCCAUGUCAAGCAGGAAGUAUAAAAAAGCGAAAGCAGAAUUCGAACCUCUCUUAUUGUCAUCUCAGCUUCGUAAAAUUUCGAUUGAGGCAUAUAUUGUGCAUCUUUUAUCACGACUGGUACUUGACAUUAACAGGGUCCCUUUAGUUGAGAAAUCCUUUGGAUUCAACUUCAAGCAUUUGUACUCUUAUUCAGCUGGUCAUUGGGUGUUUCUACUGAUUGUCAUGCCCUAG